AUGGCUAAUCUCACCACUUUAAAACGACAACGUGGUCACAUUCAAGCGACUAUGACCACUCUCAAAAAGCAUUUGGAUAGCAUCCCUCAAGACCGAGCAAAAACUAAUCUGCAUUUGAUUAAAAGCGCGUUAGAUACAGUAAUCAAAGCAUUUCAAAAAUUCGAAUCUAUUCAAGAUGAGAUAGAAGGGUUAGUGGAUGAAGAGAUCGAGAAUCGUAAUAAUUAUACUGAAAUGUAUGACCGGGAAACGGCACGUGCCAAAAAACUUCUUGAAGAUCUACGACCUCCAGCAGCUCAAGAAGUCAACACUGUGGUUCCUACAGCUGCCCCGGGUACAAUGCAGACAAUCGCUCAAUCAACGAUUAAAUUACCUCCGAUAAAUCUUAAACCCUUUGACGGUUCACCAGAAAAGUGGUCAGAAUUCUUCAGUUUAUUUACCUCAGUAAUGAAAGAUCAACCGGUUGAACCAGUACAAAAACUUAAUUAUUUGAAAUCUUCAUUAACCGGAAAAGCGGCAAGAGCAAUUGAGUCGUUAGAGCUUAUUAAUAGUAAUUUCGACGUUGCAAUUUCUAUUUUGAAAGAGAAAUACGAGCAUCCAAGGCGUAUGACGCGUCGUCAUAUGACCAUUCUAAGAGAGUUUCCGAAAUUAGUAAAAGAUAGUCCUACAGCUAUUAAUGAACUUGUUGACGUUUUUCACCAACAUACUAGAGCCUUAGAGAACCUAGGAGCUCCAGUAGAAUUUUGGGAUAUACCAUUAGUCGAUUUAAUUUUGUCAAAGGUCAACUCGACCACCGCUUGGCAAUGGGAAUUAACCUUGAAUGACGAUAAAUGUCCGCCUUUCAAGGAAUUGCUAAGAUUUUUGAGUCACCGAGCUAAUUGUGCCGAACCAUCUCAUAAUGAUUCAAAUCAUAACAAACAAGUUAAAAACGAACCGCGAACGCAAGCUCUUUUUACACAUUCCAAGGGUCAAGGACAACCUUCUCAUCAACGAAAAAUGUGUACCUGUCCCGUAUGUGGCCUGUUUCAUUUGUUAUAUACGUGUGAUCAAUUUCGUGAAGCAUCUGUAGAUGAGCGUCGUAAAAUCGUAUAUGACGCGCAUUUAUGUUUUAAUUGUUUUGGAAAGGGACACGGAGUUAACGCAUGUACUUCACAAGGUUCUUGUAAAAUUUGCAGAAAACGUCAUCAUACCUUAUUGCACAUUCCUGAAGAACAAAAGAGAUCAGAGCAACAGCAAACGUCUUCAAACAUACCUGCGCAACAUACCUCUACCUACACCAACCCUCAGACUGAGAAAUGA